ACAGCUUACCCAUAUCUGCAAUAGAAAAAACUCAGUUGUACAAUGCUGCAACAAAGCUAACUGAAUUGAACCCAAAUCUACCAUUGACGCAUGCGUGGUUGGUGUCAGGACGAGACAGCAAAACAAUCCCAUGAAGUCGGACUCGAAGUCUGUUUCCCUAGGGAGAGCCACGGGACACAUAGUUCUAAGACAUUGAAAGGGGGCAGACUAGUGCACGUUACAUCAAGAGAAACCAAAGAAGUCAUGGCACUUCAGAAACUUAGGAAAGAAGAAACUCUCGCAAUGAGGAAGAGAUUAAUCGGGCAGUCAUGUAGACUCUUUUAUUCAGACGACCCCGUGAAAAUAGUAAGAGCAAGAGGACAGUAUCUAUUCGAUGAAAAUCACCAGCGCUAUCUGGACUGCAUCAGCAACGUUCAUCAUGUGGGCCAUUGUCACCCAAGCAUUACAAAGGCUGCUGCAGCACAAAUGGACCUCCUGAACACAAAUUCACGAUUCCUGCAUGACAACAUAGUCCUGUAUGCAGACCGUCUGGCUGCCACCCUGCCUGAGAAACUGUGUGUUUUCUACUUUGUUAACUCUGGUUCAGAGGCCAAUGAUCUCGCCCUACGCUUGGCACGGCAACACACCCAACAUGAGGAUGUGAUUGUGCUUGAUCAUGCAUACCAUGGCCAUCUAAUGUCCCUCAUCGACAUUAGUCCUUACAAGUUCCGGAAACUGGCAGGACAGAAAGAAUGGGUUCAUGUGGCACCCUUACCAGAUACCUACAGAGGCAUAUACAGAGAGAGUCAUCCCAACCCAGGACAAGCAUACGCUGAUUCGGUAAAAGACAUAAUAGAGGAAGUGCACAAGAAAGGCCGUAAGAUCUGUGCCUUCUUUGCUGAAUCAUUGCCAAGUGUUGGAGGACAAAUCAUCUUGCCUCAGGGAUACUCAGCUCAAGUUGCAGAAUAUGUGCACUCAGCUGGUGGGGUGUAUGUGGCAGAUGAGGUGCAGACAGGUUUUGGACGUGUGGGAAGUCACUUUUGGGCUUUCCAGCUGCAGGGAGAGGGUUUCUGUCCUGACAUAGUGACCUUGGGCAAACCGAUGGGCAACGGCCAUCCGUUGGCAUGUGUGGCAACCACUGUGGAGAUAGCUGGAGCUUUCACAGCCAAUGGAGUGGAGUACUUCAAUACGUUCGGAGGGAAUCCAGUGUCAUGUGCAAUUGGCCUGGCAGUCCUGGAUGUGAUAGAGGAGGAGGACCUAAGAGGAAAUGCCGCGAGAGUGGGAGCACAUCUUAAAGAUUUGCUCACAAAACUACAAAAAAGACAUCAAAUAAUUGGUGAUGUCAGAGGUGUAGGACUGUUUGUGGGUGUUGAGCUGGUUAAAGACAGAGGGCAGAGGACUCCUGCCACAGAAACAGCAGCAUUGGUGGUGAAGAGGUUGAAAGAGGAAGAUCGAAUCUGUGUCAGUACAGAUGGCCCCUGGGAAAGUGUCUUGAAGUUUAAACCUCCUAUGUGCUUCAGUAUGGAGGAUGCAGAACUAGUGGUGCAAUGUAUUGACCGCAUCCUCAAAGACGUGGAAGCCAAUGACCUUAAACCGGAAAAGGAAGAAAUCUAAGGUGUUCAGUGCCAAUUUAUGGUGUGGCAGUCAUCUCUCUGAUGAAACCCAGCCAAAUGAAGGCAAUCAUAUUUUUAAGUGAUGCCAGCUGUAGCACAUUUUUACCACCUGGGAGAUGACUGAUAUACAAGACACUAACAUGACAUUAAUGAACUUCCAUAAUGAUUUUUUCUUUUUAAAUAAAACUUGGUUAUCACCAACUCCU